AUGCCACUGCGUAGCUACUUCCGCGGCACUUCGACCGUGCCCAUCUCCAGCGUCUCUCAGAACCUGACGGACCUCAUCCCCAACACCUUCUACACCCUCACCUACGACUACGCCGUUCCCUUCGUGGACAACCCCAACAGCGGCCCCACCUUUUCCACCUGCAGCCUCACCCUCCAGGUCGGCGACAGCGUCAAUCGGGAUCUUGUCGAUGUCUUUGGCAACGCGGCGCAGACGGCCUGGGCGGAGGCGGUACCCCUGGACUUUGUGGCCGACUGUUCGGAGCUGGUGUUUUCGCUGAUCUGGGAUUGUUCGCAGGUGUUGCCGGGGAACGAAAUUGAUUUUGUCAUUGAUAACGUGGCCUUCACAGGCGGUCAGUGUGUGGCGGAGCCGGCUUGA